AUGGAGAAGAUCGACACGGUUGACCUUGUCCCUGGGGAGCGACAUCAAGAGAUCACCGGCAUGUAUUCGGAAGGGCGAGCGUGGACGACGCGGGAGCCUUAUGGGCCGAGUGGCUUCAAAGGACUCUUGAGCAACUACUAUGUUGCUCUAUGCGCACUCUUUGCCACCAUAGGUGGGCUGCUGUUUGGAUAUGACCAGGGUCUCAUAUCCGUAACACUUGUCAUGGACCAAUUUCUCAACCGUUUCCCGCGCGUAUCCGAGACUGCUUCUGGCGCUGGCUUUUGGAAGGGCCUUAUGACCGCUAUGCUGGAAUUAGGUGCCUUUCUCGGAGCCUUAUCCGCCGGAUAUCUUGCGGAUAGGCUAUCAAGGAAGCGCUCCAUCGUCGUUGCAGUCGUUGUCUUCACCGUAGGGAGCAUUCUCCAAACCGCGGCCCAAGAGUACGCAAUGCUUACCGUCGGUCGCUUGAUCGGAGGUGGAGGAAUCGGCAUGCUUGCUGCCAUCUCUCCCUUGUACAUCUCAGAGAUUGCUCCCCCGGAAAUCCGUGGCACCCUUCUUGUUCUCCAGGAAUUCAGCAUCGUAUUUGGUAUUGUGGUCGCCUUCUGGACAACAUACGGUACGCGCUACAUGUCCGGCGAAUGGUCGUGGCGUCUUCCCUUUCUCCUACAGAUGGUUCCCGGUAUCAUUCUCGGCGUUGGUAUCAUGUUCCUACCAUACUCGCCUCGCUGGCUGUCCUCCAAAAGCCGCGAUGAGGAAGCACUGCAAGUCCUCUCGCAACUUAGACGUCUACCAGAGAGCGACUCCCGCGUGUUCCAAGAAUGGUGCGAGAUCAGAGCCGAGGUUGCCUUUACAAAGGAGGUCAAUGCCGAGAAGCAUCCGCAGCUGCAAGAAAACACGAGAGCGAACCGCAUUAAGCUCGAGGUCGCUGCUUGGGGUGACUGCUUCAGGCACGGAUGCUGGCGAAGGACACUCGUAGGCGUGGGCCUCAUGUUCUUUCAACAGUUCGUGGGCAUCAACGCAUUGAUCUACUAUUCUCCUUCUCUAUUCAAAACCCUCGGCCAAGGCUACGAAAUGCAGCUCCUCCUCUCCGGCAUCAUAAAUUGCACGCAACUCGUCGGCGUUAUGCCGUCUCUCUGGCUGAUGGACCGUUUCGGCCGUCGGCCCCUUCUUCUCGUCGGCGCAGCACUCAUGUUCAUCGCGCACCUGAUCAUCGCCGUCAUGGUCGGGAAAUUCGGGCACGCCUGGACGGACUACAAAACCGAAGGUUGGGUUGCCGUCGCCUUCCUUUUCUUCUACAUGUUUACUUUUGGCGGGACGUGGGGCCCUGUGCCGUGGGCUAUGCCGUCGGAGAUUUUCCCGAGCACGUUGAGGGCGAAGGGUGUGGCCUUGUCCACGUGCUCGAACUGGCUUAACAACUUCAUCAUUGGUCUGAUCACUCCUAUACUAGUACAAAACACCGGGUACGGAGCGUACACAUUCUUUGCGGUCUUCUGUCUGCUUGCGUUCGCCUUCGUGUACUUCUGUGUCCCUGAAACGAUGGGAAAGACGUUAGAGCAGAUGGAUGCGGUCUUUGGAGACGUCAGUAGCGAGGCUGAGGAGGCGAGGAAGGUGCGCAUUGAACGGGAGAUUAUGGCAGAGCAGCGAAACGAUGCUGCGAAGCCAUAA